AGUUAGUUAUAAAACUUCUGCCACUAAUUUACGGAAGCAUUUAGAACGAAAGCACCCUCUAAUAAAAAUGAACGAUGACCAGGAUAACGAUAAGUUCAUAAUCCUACAAAGCGGUCAAAAAACAUUAAAUAAUGAUAAAAACAUAUCUGCAGGAUAAACUACAGAAAAAAUUAAAGAGAUACUGAUGAGAAAUUAGCUUCUUCAAGUAGUAAAAUAAUUAGACAGACAAAACUGUGGUGCGCCCCAAAAACUAUGGGGCGCACGAGGAAAACCGUUAGGUUCACUUUGUUACCAGAAAUUUAUGAAAAAUAAGUAAACAAAGUCCAAUCCAUAAUUAAAAAUGCCAAAUCUUUUACACUAACCACGGACUGUUGGACAUCAGUCAAUACAGAAAGUUUUAUUGAGGAAGAUAAUUUUCAAUAACGAUCAAUAUUAUUAGAGUGUUCUUGCUUUCCUGAAGCGCAUACAAGUGUGAACUUGGCAACUGAGUUAAACAAAAGUGUAGUGACUUGGGGACUAGAAAAUAGAAAUUUGCUGGCUGUUACAGAUAAUGCAGCCAACAUUACCAAGGCUAUUAAAGAUUUACAAUGGAAACAUUUUGGAUGUUAUGGUCAUACCAUCAAUUUAAUCGUCUAGGAUGCAAUUACUAUAGUUGAACCACUAAAAGUAAGAGCUCCAGUAGCUCAUUUUAAAAGGAGCGUAACAGCAGCAACAAAAUUAGUAGACAUCCAAAAGCAGUAUGGCAAAACUCCGAAAAAACUUCUUCAAGAUGUUCGAACGAGGUGGAAUUCCACAUUUCAUAUGGUGGAAAGAAUUCUCGAACUAAAGGAAGUAAUAAGAACAAAUUUGGCACUGUUGGAUAAAGAAAAUUUGCCAAUUGUAUUUCUAGAAGAAUGGCAACUUUUAAAAGACAUCAAAAAGGGUUUGGAACCUUUGGAAUGCAUAACUAAAAUGGUAAGUGGUGAAAGUUAUAUGGUUUUAUCUUCUAUCAUUGUCUCAACAAAUGGACUAGAAAAUAUGAUUUCUGAAUUAAAAAAAAGGAAGAAUUACUUGAAAAAGCUCUUACUAUGGAGAAUAGAAUGUUACACAGCCUUAAAUCACGCCUCGGAGAUCUAAAAAGUAGUAAAACCUUAACAAUAUCUACCUUUCUAGAUCCUAGAUUUAAAAAUAUAGCAAUUUCAAGUGAUUGUAUACUAGAACGAACAGCAACAGUUCAGCCAACCUGUUACUUCAUCUUCACGAGCAAUUGUAGAAGUUCAGAGAUAUUAAAAAUAAGAACUAUUAAAUAGAGAAUCUGAUCCAUUAGUUUGAUGGAAAGAACAUUCAUACAAUUACUCCUUUUAUCGAAGGUCGUUAUUGAAAAACUAGACACAGCUGCUACUUCUGUGCCAUGUGAGCGAGUGUUUUUAAAAACAUGGCAGAUAUUAACAGAUAGAAGA